AUGUGCUACUACGGCGGCUGCUAUGGGGGCCUGGGCUAUGGCUAUGGCUCUGGUUAUGGCUGUGGAUGUGGCUGCUUCCGUGGCCUAGGCUAUGGCUGUGGAGGCUGUGGCUAUGGAGGGCUAGGCUAUAGAGGCUAUGGCUAUGGCUGCUGCCGUCCAUCUUGCUGUGGAAGACUCUAUCCUGAAAAUCCAUCCACUCAAGUGAAUCCUGACACCAUGUGCUACUAUGGUGGCUGCUAUGGAGGCCUGGGCUAUGGCUAUGGCUCUAGUUAUGGCUGUGGAUGUGGCUGUUUCCGUGGCCUAGGCUAUGGCUAUGGAGGCCUGGGUUGUGGAGGCUAUGGCUAUGGCUGCUGCCGUCCAUCUUGUUGUGGAAGAUAUUAUUCUUAUGGUUUCUACUGA